GUAGCCGCCGUCGCCGUCGCCGCCGCCGGCCAGUGACUCUUACCGGUUUAGUAGCUGCACAGCUGUUUCGUGCGCGUGUUCGUCGAUCGCGGAACUCGAGAAUUUCGACAAAUGUUUUGGGAAAUUUUGGGUUGGAUAAACCUCAUAUAUACAAUAAUAUUUUUUUCGUGGGGCGCGGGGUACUGUAUACAAUUUAUUUAUCAAUAUAUUGCACGGUUCGUAAACACGAAGCUUUGCUUUAGGCCGACUCGCAUUUAUGCUGUUUAAUGUGCGGCUCGUUGCCGCAUGAUGCGUACGUCUGGGAAAGUGUCGCACGUUUAUAUUGAUAUGGUGGAACAGACGACUGAAAAAAUAUGAAAGCUUCGCCGGACAAGACUGUGGACACUGACAACGUGGACAACGCCACUGAGGACGCGAACGUGAUCGGCGAUCGCGGCACUGCGGUCCUGGAAUGCGACAACGUGAUUGUAUUGUCUUCGGAGUCCGAGGCCGACGAGGAGGAGGCGCGGGUCCGUGGCAGUGAGGAGGUCGACCAGGAGGAGGAGGUAGAGGAGGAAGAGGAAGAUGAAGUGAGCAGACCACGUAAGUCUAAAAAGAAACAUAAGAAACACCACCACGGGGGCUAUCGUAUCGGGAAAAAACAUAAAAAACGGCCGAAACGGGGGAGUGGUGCAAUAUUUCUGUGGGCUAAAAAGCAAGAGACGCAAAUACUGAAAGUAUACUGCGAGGAUUACGAUCCGGGUAUCAAACUGACCAAGACCAACGGUGUGUGGAGUUCUAGUCCCAGGUCUAAGGUAUUGGCGGCAGUUCAAUCGCGUUCGUCCGUCUGCGUAGACGUCGGCGAGUCACAAAACGCCAGCGACGAGUCGGUUGAGCAGAAAACACGACCGGACGAUCGAAUCAAAGAAAGUCCAAAAUCCGACCAGCCGAUACUUGUCGACCUCAACGACAACUCUAUCGACUUUGUUGACACCAUAUCUAGCGAGGAGGACGACGACGAAGUACAGACCAGGGCCAGAAUCGACCGAGCGCUCGAGAUGAUCGAACGGGACCCGGCAUUGAUGAGCGACAUGAAGAUUCCGUGUCCAACCAUCGACGCGACCGCGGAUAUCAAGUUACCCGAAGGUACGACAAUCCACCAGAUCAAGGUCGAGAACGUCGCGAUCAACGGGGCCGUUUCCGGGACGACGCCGCCGCUGUUAUCACCCAAUACGCCGCCGGUGCAGCGCAAGUUGGGCGAGGUGACCAUUACGUCGCAGCAGCAGCAACAAAACGAACCGUUGAAUUUGGAAACCGUAAGUAAGCGAUCUGCCUUGGAAAUACGAUUACAGGAGCCGCCACUUAAGAGAAAACGCGUAGACAAGCUGCCUGCGAAACUGCCGUUGGCCGGCGAGCAGGUGAAACGCGAAUGGGAUCCGCUGUCCGAGCUGAAGGAAGUGCUUUCAGACCCCGGACUGUGCGUGCCCGACCCGUUGCUCGUGCCCAGGGCCAGACUGGCCGCCCUGGUGGCCAGCCCGGCCACUGAAAUCCCGAAACUCUUACGAACGCCGGCGAUGAUGCCACCACCGCUCCCGGACCAUGACCUGUUUGCUGUCUCGCUGUCGCAUCUCCGGUCCAUAUUGCAGCAGCAGCCGGGCUACGUGGACGACCGCAAGUCGGACAGCAACCAACCGUCGAACAUUGAUCAAAUGCUGUGGUUGUCGUACCUGUCGAAAGACAUGGCCGGCGUCGACACCGACCUGAUAUCAACCAUGUUGAGCAUCCUACUACCCAACUCGACAACCGCUCAACAAUCGUUUAGCUACCCUCAAGAUAAAAGCCAAUGGAACGACAUUUAUUUCGACGGCAAUAUCGAACCACCAUACAAUUCCACGCCCGGUUACAGCAAAUCUGACGAUUAUUGUGCGUCGGUGUCGCCACUUCCACCGCCGCCGCCGCCGCCGCCGCCACCGCCACCGCCACAGAUAUUACCAGCGCCACAGCAGUCGCAUCCACUGUUAUUACCACCAUCACAGUCACAAAUGUUACCACCACCAACAGCUGUACAACCUCCAAUAUUAUCACCGCAACAGCCUCAGAAACACCAACAAUCACAACUGUUGCCACCACCACACAUGCAGCAGCAGGUGCCGCGACUUUUGCCCAAGCGCCACAACACGACGCCACAACUGCGGUUGCCGUCACAUCCACAGCAAAUGCCACAACUGUUGCCGUCACAUCCACAGCAAAUGCCACAGCUGUUGCCGUCGCGUCCACAGCAGUUAAUACAACCACAGCUACAGCAACCGGUCCUGCACCGUCAGUCGAAACGACGGGCUUGUCAAGAGCUGUGCUGCAACGGGUCACCGUCAUCGUGCUACGGGGGUAGCUGCUGCCCCAAAUCGGGCAAUUAUAGUCCGUUCACCGCAUCAUCCCCUAACGGAUGCAAUCCGUUCACCGUGUCUCCCGGCGACUGCAAUCCGUUCACCGCGACUCCUGCUGCCAGUUGCAUUGGCGGCAAUCCGAAAACAUGUGCCCCGUACGCUGCGCCAGGCGUGAUGCCAACUUGUUGUUUUCCAUCGGAAAUCGGUUGCGCGUACAACGGCCAAUCUCCGUCGCCAAUUCCGCCGCGAAAUACAUCCGUAUCGCCUCGCAACCGCGCUCAAUACAACUACCAAUCCGGUCAGGGGCAACAGCUACAGCAGCAGAUGUCGAUGACGGAGGGUGGCAAUGGCGUCAACGGCUGUUGCAUUGGUGUCACCAGCUGUAGCAGUGGUGUCGUCGGCUGCAGUAGUGGCGUCGUCGGCUGUAGCAUUGGCAUCACCGGCUGUAGCAGUGGCGUCAUCGGCUGUAGCAGUGGCGUUGCCGGCAGUAGCAAUGGCGUUGCUGGUAAUAACAGUGGCGUCAACAGCAGUAGCAAUGGCGUUGCUGGCAGUAACAGUGACGUCAACAGCAGUGUUAGUGGUGGAACCGUUAGCGACAUCGGCAUAGACUAUCAAUGUUCAACUACGACCAAUAAACCGAAAACGCCAUUGCCAACGACUCCUACCAGCGGUGACGCCGCUCAGCCGGUGUACAGGCCCAAAAUCAAAGUCAAAGAGCAUUUGAUCGACCCGAACGCGAAACCGAGACUUUUGAACAUCGAAGGUGCCCUUCAUCUGGCUGCAGGGCAUGACCUGUUCAGUUCGUCUCUUUGGCACCCAUUGUUCGGCAGCCAAGCAAAGCCGUACGGCUGUCGGUGGCAAUGGACAACUCCAGUCACCACAUCCGCGUCGACUUCUUCGGACGACAGGCCCGCCGACACCAAACGUUGAGUCGGCAAAACCACUGACCGGAGCGACGGGGACGACAAUGUAAUAUAUAUAAUAUAUUAUAUAUAUGUGUUUAUAUUUAUAUAUAUAAGCGGCGCGCCAACAGUAUUUGUUUAUUUAUUUAUUUAUUAUUAUCGUUUUACUUGUUUUACGACCCUCCACGCAUACCCAUUUGGAGGACUCAUAUAAUAUUAUCUCGAAUAUAUACUAUCCCACCCCCUCCCACACACCCACCACACAAUCUGGUUUGGAUUUGACAUCAACAUUUUUUGUCAAAUACAAUUCCGACAAGACGUGUACAACUGUAUACUAUAGCAUUGUAUUAUAAUAUAUAAAUAUAUAUAUAUA